AUGAGUGUGUCGGAGCUUAGACAACAUCUUGACCUCAUUCCAGAACUCCUCUGCGCCUUGAUUGGAAUCUGCUUUCAACCUCUUUAUGGCGACAGUUUAAGGAGCAAAAUUAUAUUUCAUCUGAAUCCUUUUAGUAGUGAUACAGCUGGAUCCUUUAACCACCAUGGGAUGCGAUACUCAACUACAGUGCCAAAUUAUCCUGACACACAUGAGGACUUCAUGCCCACUAAUAAGCUUCAGAAUUCUGACCUUUCUUUGAAGGACAUUGUUGAGCAGGAUGUCAAUGACAACCCUGUGACGAUUUACAUGAAAGGAGUGCCUGAUCUUCCUCGGUGUGGAUUCAGCUCAUUAGCACAACUGGCCCACGUUUCCACAGAUAUUCAUCAAGGGGAGUUUGUUGGAGGAUCAGACAUCAUUCUCAACAUGCACCAGACUGGCGAGUUGAAGGAAAUGCUUAAAGAUAUUGCAGCCAACCUGGAGAAUUAA